GGGCUUGAAAAAUCAGGAAGUUUUUGUGUUGCAGUGUUGGAAUUUUUUAAAGUUUCCUAAUUUUUAAUUGAAAAUGCUGUUGAUUUGAUCCACGUUUUUGAGGCAUUGGUAGAUUUGUGGGAUAUUCAGUGUGGUUUUUUUCUGAGAACAUUUGGGGCACAACCUUUGGGCUAGAAAACAAUUUGGGAUUAUUUGUGCUGACAUUUUUUAUGUCUUCCCGGAAUGGGCCUGAUUUUUCGCAAAAAUCGGAAAUUCGAUUGAUUUUUUCAAAGUUUUCUGAUACAUCGGUUGAAAUGUGGGAUAUUAUCAAGGACUCCUUUGAGUCCGAAAACGAGUUGACGCUGCCGGAACGCUGCGUGUCCGACCGUUUUUGGCCAGAUUUCUUCACAAAAUGUUCCCGUUUCGCGCCAAUGGGAAUGGAUGGACAAUUGUCACCCCUGAACGGAGUUGUUCGUGAUUUGCCGAGAAAACCGUUGAAGGAAUGUUUGUUCACCGUCAAAGACUCCGGCUUGGUUUUGCCGCAUGACACGGCGAGGAAGACGAAGCAGAGUGGGAAUGGAAGUCGUAGCAAGGUGCGAAGCGCGAAACGGAACCGCCGAAGUGGCGCCUGGGAGGACGCCACAGCUGCCGCCGCGUGGACAGAGCAGCAGUUGCCGACGGCGGCGGCGGCAGUGUCCACUUCCGCCCCAACUUCCCCGUCCAUGGUUAUCCUGCGGGUCACGCCGCCGGGGUCCCCGUUGUCAACGAGGGUGGCCACCCUAAACGACGGCAACCCGUCGUCGGACAUUCACCAGCAUUUGCAGUCCAUGUUGCAUCUCUUGCGUUCGGAAGAUACUUUGAAAAUGGCCGUGAAGUUGGAGUCGGCGCAUGAGGGAAGAACCCGGUACCUCGCUGUCGUGGCUUACGGAGAGGAGAGCAUACUGCUGGGAAUGGAUUGCCGAAUUUUAGAAACUACCUCAAUUGGACUCUGUUUGCGAUUACUUGCCGAUACAGCCAUUACGCUCGACGGUGACGGGGGGUUUCGAGUCAGCACCGCAGGCAGGAAUCACAUUUUCAAGCCAGUUUCCGUUCAGGCCAUGUGGUCGGCCCUACAAACGUUGCACAAAUCCUGCGGCGCCGCGCGACAGCGCAACUUCUUUUUUGGCGGCGGAUCUCACGAGUGGGCCAAGAGUUACGAAAGUGCGCCAGUCCGUUCCGACCGGUCCUGCAUCAACGAGUGGAACGCCAUGGACGAUCUCGAGAGCCGUCGGCCGCCGAGUCCAGACUCGUUGCUGUCCCGAUUGCGGCCCGGAGUGGCCCAGCGCCAAGAGACGGAGGGCAUGAUCAGGGCCAAGCUCAAGGAGAUCAUGAUGUCGGUGGACCUGGACCAGGUGACGAGCAAGUCCAUCAGGAUCAGGCUGGAGCGAGAGAUGAACUUCGACUUGGCCGACUACAAGAGUUUCAUUGACCAGGAAAUGAUUACGAUUUUGGGACAGAUGGACCAGGCCACGGAGAUUUUCUCACAUUUGUACUUGGGGUCCGAGUGGAACGCGUCCAAUUUGGAGGAACUGCAGAGGAAUGGGAUCACGCACAUACUGAACGUGACGAGAGAAAUCGACAACUUUUUCCCGGGAAUCUUUGAGUACUACAAUGUUCGAGUUUAUGACGACGAAGCUACGCAACUGCUCAAGUACUGGGACGACACCUACAAGUACAUAACCCGCGCC